CACCGGCAGUAACUUUAAUCGAUUUGUACCUUGCGAAACACCUAAUCAUAACCCACCUUCUAUACGGAGUCGCGUGUCCCGUUGUUAUUAACAACUUCUGCGAAAAGGCGCCACCAUAAGCCGCAGACAGAGUGAUUGCAGAGAGAGGAAUAACAGAAAGCUCAACUCUUUCUCUCUCUAACUAUACAUACACAUUUUUGUGUAUAUAUAUAUUUAGUUUAUCUUCUCAAAGCCAACCGGAAAAAGCAGCGAUCAAUGAAAAAGUUAUAGAUCUUUGGCAAUCAAGAAGACGGAUUGUUUGAGGCGAUAUUCGAUUCACACUGCUUGAUCAUCGCAUUUCUGUUUCCAAUCCAAUGAUCUGCUUCGAGUUUAGCUUGAAUGCUUGAUAAGCUAACCAGAUGAAAUGAAUAUGAGAAAUUUAUGCUAAUGUCUUGUUAUUUAAGAAGCGAUUCUUUCUAAUAAAGUGGAGUAAACAAAUGAACUGGCUCCUACAAACUGAAGAUCCACGAAUAAGUACAGGAAUACAGUAUCAAUCGAGUGAAAGCUUCAUGGAUUUUCUCGAAGGACUUACCUAUGAGCAUGUCAAUUUCAUAUUUUCUGGUACUACAUAUCCUCAGGAGAUCACAAACUCUACAAUCAACACCUAUGCGUAUAAAUUUGGGUAUUCAGAAGCUGGGACAUUCUCAUACUAUGACUACUGUGAUGAUUAUCCGAUCUAUAAUCAAACAAUGGGGAACAAUGAAUAUACUAGACAAUUGGAUGUUAAUCAGAGGACUACAACACAACAAGAUGAACAAUUAAGCUCGAGUUUUCAUGCUAAUCCAGCAGAGUGUCUUGAGCGCAAUCAUAAUCAUGGUGUACAUGUUUGGGAAGACAAUGUUGAUCUUGACAACAUGACCUAUGAGGAUUUGAUAGAGUUAGGUGAGAUUGUUGGAAGUCAAAGCCGAGGUCUAUCUCAUGAGGCUAUUUCCUUACUCCCCAUUUCAAAGUUCAAGUGUGGGUUCUUUUGGAGAAAGAAAUCCAAAGUGGAGAAGUGUGUAAUUUGUCAGAUGGAAUACAAACGAGGUGACAAACAAAUUACUCUUCCAUGUAAACAUGUGUAUCAUGGUGCGUGUGGGAGUCGAUGGCUUAGCAUCAACAAGGCGUGCCCUGUUUGUUACAAGGAUGUGAAUGUGAAUGUUGGUGGAUCAAAAAGUGAAGAAAGAUUUCAUAAGUGGAGAUAGAAAGGGGAUUCUAUUCAUAUCUUUGCAUCCAUCUCAGAUCCAUAAAUUUAGUUGCAUCUUCAUUGUUCCAUUUUUUUUUUUUUUUUUUUGUACUUUUAUCAGUUAGAUCAUGU